AUGUCUGAGGACUUCAGUACCCUCGUUCACGUAUCUCCCUUGAUGACGACUGAACGAAUCAGUAAGGCCCUCACGAAAUGGUUCAAUGAGGAACAUACUUUUAGUCAUUGGGAGUAUGUCAAAGAAAUGGACAAAGGCAACGCACAUUGCAGUGAUCUCCUUCGCAUCAGAAUAUAUGGAGUUAAUCUGAAUGCUGAUCUGCGUUUCGUCCAAGUUGUAUUGAAAAGGAUUCCUAAGAAUAUCGCCAGGCGGCUCACUUGUCGGAGUGAUGAGUUUUUCAGAAACGAAAUUAACUUCUACGAGAAAAUCCUUCCAGAAUUAUUAGCCUUCCAGAGCAAAAGGCAACCUAAACACCCCUUCGAUAACUUUAUGAAAUUGUUCUUCGCUCAGUCCGAUGGGAAAGAUGAUGUCGUCUGUAUAGAAGAUGCUAGUGUAAAGGAAUUCAAGAACAUUCCUCGUCAAAAGGGCAUAGACACAGAACAUUACAAUCUCACAUUAAAAACCUUUGCUCGGUUUCAUGCUUUAUCGUUUGCAAUGAAAGAUCAGGAGCCCGAAAAGUUUGAAAAGCUGCUGAAUAAUAUUCACGAAGUUUACUUCGACAAACAUCUUUGUGAUUGGUAUUUGGGACUUUGGAACAGACUGUCUGACAUUGCUAUAGAUGCUGUUGAGAAAGAAUAUCCUGACUCUGUAUACGUUCAGAAAAUAAGGGAAUUUGCCGUUCCAGAUAGAUAUCAAGAUAUGGUAAAAGCAGCUACAAGGACUACAGAAACUGGAGUGAUAUGCCAUGGUGAUAUUUGGACAUGUAAUUUCCUCUAUAAGUAUUUAGAUGGCCACCCCGUUGAUAUAAAAAUGAUCGAUUUCCAAAUAGCUCGAUUUGCGACACCUGUUCUGGAUGUCUCUUGUAUAAUAUAUAAUUGUAUAACUCAUGAUUUAAGAGAAAAUUAUUAUGACCAAAUGCUGGAAAUUUAUUAUGACACUCUCGCAAAUCAGAUCAGGGAUUUAGGCAGUGAUCCAGAUAAAUUGUACCCAUGGAAGUUAUUUCAGACUGAAAUCAAAAAGUAUUCUUAUUUUGGUCUUGGCUAUAGUUUCGACUCAAUACCGUUUUUGGUAUUACCUGAAGAAGAAGCAAUCGAUAUGGAAAUAGAGGGAGACAAAGCAGUUAACUUAAAAGAUGUAUGGAAGAUAGGUAAUAUCAAAACGAAGGACGGCAGACUUAGAGAAGCUAACAAUGUAAAACAUUGCGUAGAUAAAGGAUACAUUUAA